AUGCUUAGCGUAGAGUUCCUAGCGACAGUGGCAGCUUUCCCUCGAGGCAUCGCUCGCCCGAAGACUCCUGGGUCGCCUCCUCUACGGGGCUGCGGAGAGAGGAAUGGAUGGGAAAGAAGCAGGGGAAUCGAAACCAGGAAGAAGAGAAUUGGGGCAACUCCCACAGCGAUGGCGGGGGUUCUGAGCGCGAAGGAAGAGGAGGGGGGGGCGGUGGCGGCGGCGGGAGGAGGAGGGGACAUUUACGACGCCAUCGUGAUCGGGUCGGGGAUCGGGGGGCUGGUGGCGGCGACGCAGCUGGCGGCGAAGGGGGCGAGGGUGCUGGUGCUGGAGAAGUAUCUCAUCCCCGGAGGCAGCUCCGGGUACUACAAGAGGGAUGGGUACACCUUCGACGUUGGGUCCUCCGUCAUGUUCGGAUUCAGCGACAAGGUCUGAGCCCUCUUCUCCCCCUAUUCGUUUUUCUUGCACAUCUCCUCUGCCCUCUUUAUUCAUUCUGGUCUCCGGAUGAUGAUAAUCUCUCUCUCUCUCUCUCUCUCUCUCUCUCUCUCUCUCUCUCUCAGUGACGAUAUGCUUUUUGGGUUUUGGAUCCUAUCCAGUUCUCUUAGUUAGCUCAUGAUUCCUCGUUAAGAUCCUCGUAAAACACCCACCCCCAGUUCCUAUGUUUUUCACUCGUUUCACAUAUUUAUACAGUUGAUUUCUUGCUCUCCUUUUUUUUUUCCCCCUUUAGGGUAGAUCUUCUUUCCUGCUCAAUCGGUUCAAUGCUCCAAGGGGGUGGGCCUAAAUCAGCCGCCUUUGGACGAUCUUCUUCAUUCGAUUAUGCUCAUGAUGUCAGCGUUCGAUUUUUGUUUUUUUUUUAAACAAUCAUGUGUGAAAUCCCAUAUUAUACUGCGGGACAUAUAAAUUUAGUUCAUCUUUGUAUCGUUCUGGGAAAAUGUCACAUGAGGGAUCAGUUCGGUCCUCCUCUCUCGCGCUUGUUCAUGUUUCUGGAGCAAAAAAAGAAUCGACUCAGAGCCAUCCCAUGAUUGACCACCAUUUCUAUUACCAUCCACUAAUUGGCGCAUGACAGCCGCCUGAAAAUGGUGAUCAUCGAUUGUUGUAGCUGUUUAAUCCACCAUGGUAACAAGAUCUUCCACCUGCCUUGCCCUUUCAUGAUGGUGGGUUUAUGUUUCUCGGUUUGUGCGGUGAAAGCAGGGAAACUUAAAUCUGAUCACUCAAGCGCUGGCAGCGGUCGGGUGCAGGAUGCAGACCAUACCUGAUCCAACGACCGUCCAUUUCCAUCUCCCUUCUGAUCUCUCUAUUCGAGUGCACAGAGAGUAUGACGAUUUCGCCGCCGAGCUCAUCAGCAGGUUUCCCCACGAGGAGGAGGGAGUCCUCGGAUUUUACAGCGAGUGCUGGAAGGUCUAUUAUCACCGCUGAAUAUAUUUUUAUAUUUUUUAUUAUUUCUAUUUCUAUUUUUAUUUUAUGGGUAUAAAUUGUUUUUAUUUACAUCCAUGGAGUAGAUCUUCAACGCACUGAACUCGCUGGAACUGAAAUCCCUGGAGGAGCCGAUUUACCUCUUUGGGCAGUUUUUCAGGAAGCCUCUGGAAUGCUUGACACUCGGUGAUCCCUCGACUUUGCUUAUAUUUUUUGCUGGGCAACUCUCUUUCUUUGAGCAUCCGCCGCUUCAGACAUGCACUCGCUCUCCUCUUGCAGCCUAUUAUUUGCCUCAGAAUGCUGGGAAUAUUGCCCGAAAAUACAUUAAAGACCCUCAGUUGCUCUCUUUCAUUGAUGCCGAGGUAGCUCUCUCUCUCUCUCUCUCUAUCUCUCUCUCUCUAAAAAUGUAGGUAUAUAUUGAUACUGAUAUAAAUGUGUGUGUAUAUAUAUAUGUAUAUGUAUACAUAUGACGGAUAUUUUGAUCGAGUCCCAUUUUCGUCUGGUCUUCUAAGUGACUUUCUGGUGCCCACAGUGUUUUAUAGUGAGCACAGUCAACGCGAUGAAGACGCCUAUGAUCAAUGCGAGCAUGGUAAGCGCUGACCCAGAGGGGAGAAGUCAACAACAUUGGUCUCCCCAGCAUCGGUCUCUCAUGCCCACCUCGUUCUCAUGGCUCUCUCUCCGGGCCAGGUUCUCUGCGAGAGGCAUUUCGGGGGGAUCUACUACCCCGUGGGGGGUGUUGGCAGGAUACCGAGGGCUCUGGCGAGGGGUUUAGUGGACAAAGGAAGCAGAAUCCUAUACAAGGCGAAUGUGACCAAGAUCAUGCUAGAGAAUGGGAAGGCUGUAAGCAAGCUAGACUUCCAUUCAGAGCAUUCAUGUGAUCAGAUUCAGAGCAGUGAUCGUCAUCAAGUUCCAUCAUUUUUUAUCUGGGUCGCAGGUUGGGGUGCGGCUCUCCGAUGGGCGAGAGUUCUUCUCCAAGACCGUGAUAUCAAAUGCCACCAGAUGGGACACUUUCGGUGUAGAUUUUCGUCGUUUUCUUCAUUUUCUUCAUUUUCGUUGUAUCUUCGUAGUCACUAGCAUGAACAGUAGUGGGGUGGGCGGCUUCUGUGGUCUUCUUCGAGUGUGACAGCGGCUGAUGGGUAUGUGGAUCGCAGGAAAGCUUUUGAAAGUGGACGAACUUCCAAAGGAGGAGGAGAACUUCCAGAGAAUCUAUGUGAAGUCGCCGUCUUUCCUCUCCAUGCACCUGGGGGUCAAAGCUGAGGUCCUCCCUCCCGACACGGACUGCCACCAUUUCGUUCUCGAGGUAGGAGGAGCUCCAAUCUCUCUCUCUCUCUCUCUCUCUCUCUCUCUCUCUCUCUCUCUCUCUCUCUCUCUUGAUUCUCUCUUUUGGGUCUGCGCAGGACGACUGGGAGAGGCUGGAGGAGCCGUACGGGAGUAUAUUUCUGAGCAUUCCGACUGUUCUCGAUCCCUCGCUGGCUCCAGAGGGCCACCACAUCCUUCACGUGUUCACAACGUCUUCGAUCGACGAUUGGAAGGUCCGCUUCGAUCUCUGAAUCCCGGCAGGUUUUCUUCUUUUCUUUCUUUUCUUUUUAGGAUCGGAAGCGGGGAUGGGAGAUUAAAAUCGGGCUCGAUCGGAUUUCAACGACUCCUCGUCGGUGUGAAGUUCUAACCCCCAGAGAUCACUGGCCCAGGGCCUCUCCCCGAAGGAGUACGAGGAGAAGAAGCGCCGCAUAUCGGACCAGAUCAUAACAAGGCUUGAGAACAAGCUCUUUCCGGGGCUCAAAAGCUCCAUACUUUUCGAAGAGGUAUCAACUCAUCUCUUCAGCCAUCAUGUGCUAGAUAGAAACAAGGAAAAAGUUCUCUGUAUUUAUCUCCCACUUUCUGCUGAUUUUGCGUCUAUUUAUUUCUGAAUUUCUAUUCCCAUUCUUGAAAAAUGCCAUCUUUCCCAUGUGGGUCGUGAAUAAUUAAUUAAUUAAUUUGCUCCGUUAAUUAUUGUAAUGGAUGCUCAGAGUUUCAAUCUCCUCCGACGCCAUGCUCGCUCCCCCUCGCCUUGAGAAGGUCUGGUCCUUUUGCAGGUUGGAACCCCGAGAACACACAGGCGUUUUCUUGCUCGCCAGGACGGCACCUACGGCCCGAUGCCGCGGCAAAUCCCCAAGGGCCUUCUGGGGAUGCCUUUCAACACCACAGUAGGAUGAACCUCUCUCUCUCUCUCUCUCUCUCUCUUUCUCCCUCUCUCUGUAACAUGUGGGCUUGCUGCAGUCUAUCGAUGGGCUGUACUGCGUGGGAGAUAGCUGCUUUCCCGGGCAGGGAGUCAUAGCGGUUGCCUUCUCCGGAAUAAUGUGCGCCAACAGGGUCGCCGCUGAUAUCGGUAAGAAUCCAUCAGAAUCCUUUUCUAUGCGGCCGAUCGCAGAUUCCUGAUCGCAACAAUCUCUCGCAUCCCAUCGGCUUCUGUUCUCUUCUGUUCUUGGUUUGAUUGCCUACCAGGGUUCGAGAGGAAAUCCCCGGUGAUGGACGCCGCCCUGCUACGGCUACUGAGCUGGUUCCGCUCCAUUGCAUGA